GUGCGUCACUGUAGCCACGUAAUCAAGGAAGUAGGAAGCGCUGCGCACGCCCUUCACUCUCAGAAACAGCAAAAGAUGGCUCAGUUUGAGGAAGUAUCCCAGAAGUCCAAGCUGCAUCCGAAGCCGGAGGGCCUGACGUUGCAGUAUGGCACAGCUGGAUUCCGCACUCAAGCCAAACAUCUGGAUCACAUCAUGUUUCGCAUGGGCCUGUUGGCAACUUUGAGGUCCAAAAAGACAAAAUCCACCAUUGGAGUCAUGGUGACCGCUUCUCAUAACCCAGAGGAAGACAAUGGGGUGAAGCUAAUUGACCCCAUGGGGGAGAUGGUGACAGCAACUUGGGAGGGAUACGCCACACAACUCGCUAACGCCGAGCAGGACUCUCUUCUCAAAGAACUGAAGGUUGUUAUUGAGAAAGAGGAGAUUGACAUGAGUGAGCCUGCAAGCGUCUACGUCGGCAAAGACACCAGACCAAGCAGUGCUAGUCUCUCUCAUGCUGUGUUGGAUGGCGUUUCCAGUUUGGGUGGCAAAACUCAUGACUAUGGUCUGGUCACCACUCCCCAGCUGCAUUAUAUGGUGUGCUGUUGCAACACGCAUGGCAGCUAUGGCAGUCCCACCGUUGAGGGCUACUACCAAAAGCUCUCACAGGCUUUCCUUCAGCUCACUCAGAAUGUCCCAAACCGCACAGAUGAUCAGAAGAGGCUUCUGGUGGAUGGAGCCAAUGGCAUCGGCGCAUUGAAAAUGAGAGAAAUGGAGCCGUUUCUGCGCUCCGAACUGCAGGUGGUGCUUUCGAAUGACGGCAGUAGUGGGAAACUCAACCACAUGUGUGGAGCAGAUUACGUUAAAGUCCAGCAGAAAGCGCCUCAAGGUAUGAAUAUGGGAGUAGGUGAACGCUGCUGCUCGUUCGACGGUGAUGCUGAUCGCAUUGUUUACUACUACACCGACUCUAAAGGCUGCUUCCAUCUGCUGGAUGGAGACAAGAUCGCUACUCUCAUCAGCACGUACCUCAAAGAGCUGCUCACACAGGCAGGGUUGAACCUACAGGUUGCUGUUGUUCAGACAGCAUAUGCUAAUGGGAGCUCGACUCGCUACUUGGAGGAUGUCAUGAAGGUUGCUGUAUGCUGUACGAAAACAGGAGUGAAGCAUCUGCAUCAUGCAGCGCAGGAAUACGAUAUUGGAGUGUAUUUUGAGGCAAAUGGACAUGGAACUGUUUUGUUCAGCAAAGCAGCACAGAAACAGAUCCAGGAGCUGGUGAAAGACCCGAACACAAACGAUGAGAAAAAACGAGCGGUGAAACUCCUGGAAAGCACGAUCAAUCUGAUCAACCAGACGGUGGGAGACGCCAUCUCAGAUAUGCUAGUGAUUGAAGCUGUGUUGGCCAUCAGAGGGAUGUCUGUGCAAGACUGGGACACAAUUUACACUGACCUGCCCAACCGCCAACUUAAAGUCACGGUGUCAGACCGGCGUGUCAUAGACACGACAGAUGCGGAGAGGAAGGCUGUCACUCCAGCGGGUCUGCAGGAUGCUAUCGACUCGCUUGUCAAGAAAUACAAAAACGCUCGGUCCUUCGUUAGACCAUCUGGAACUGAAGAUGUGGUCAGGGUCUAUGCUGAGGCUGACACACAGGAAAGUGCUGAUAGUCUGGCUCAUGAGGUCAGUCUGGCUGUGUAUCGUCUUGCUGGAGGAGUCGGAGACGAGCCAAAACCUUUACACUAAUCAAACCUUCAUGCAUGAAUUCAGUCAGAAUCCAUCCAGUGAAAUGUAUAAAUACUGUAAAUGUACAGUAAACUAGUUUGUGUGGUGCAAACAAAUGUUUUGGGAGAUGACAAAUGUUAACAGUUUACUCUUUGUACUGGUAUGAAUGAAAAACAAUCCUUAUAAAUGGAAGUGUAUGAUUAUGAUGGAAUGUUAAACCGUGAACGUGUUUACACUCAUUUUAUCAGAGACAAAUUCAGUUUUGCCUCUGUUUAUAAUAGAACAAAAUAUCGCUCAAUAGAUUGGCAUCAGUAAGAUUUUAAUGUUUUUAAAAAAAUCUCUUAUGCUCACUAAGGCUGCUUUUAUUUGAUUAAAAAUAUUGUGAAAUAUUAUUACAAUUUAAAAUAACAGUUUUCUAUUUUCAUAUAUUUGAAAAUAUAAUUUAUUCCUGUCACGCAAAGCUGAUUUUUCAGCAUCAUUACUCCAGUCUUUAGGGUCACAUGAUCCUUCAGAAAUUCCGAUAUGCUGAUUUAAAGUAACAUUACUUCUUAUUAUCAAUGUUGAAAACCGUUGUGCUGCUUAAUGUAAUAAGUGGAAAUAAUGAUAAUUUUGUUUUCAGGAUUCUUUCAUAGACUGUCCAAAAGAACAGCAUUUAUUUGAAAUAUAAGUCUUUUUGUAUAUUUUUAAUCAAAUCAAAAUAAUGCAUCCUUUCUGAUUAAAAGCAUUGAUUUCUCUUACUUCUCUCUUACUAACCCCAAGCUUUUGAAUGGUAUUGUAUGUGCCAUCUAAUAAAAGCCUUAAUUUACUAAUUAAAAUUCAGGUUAGGUGAAUUAAACCUAAUGUAAAACCAACUGGACGGUAUGUAGCAUCAUGUGAUUUUAUACUGUUUUUUUUUUUUUUUUUUUUUUUUGGCUAUAAA